AAUGCCAGCCAGGCCACACGUGCUGACGACGAGAAGGGAGAUGGAUCGUGGUGUCAGCCUGGAGAACCCCUAUGCCAGCGUCAACAUCUCACGGGACCAGUUCCGGCAAAGCUUCAUCACUCGCUACCUGAAGGACGAGCCCACCGUCAUCGCCAACCCUGCAGCUGUGCCCACGUACGGCGUGGAGGAGCGCGACCCCACUGGCAGCUGGAACAGCCCAACCAUUUCCACGGGGAAGUCCUGGUCCCGUCCCUACAACCCCUAUGGCAGCCUGAGGAUGCCCAAUGGGGAAUCGCCCAACUCCUUCUACACUGUCACCCUGGACAAGCCACCCGAGGGCCAGGAGUGGGAGGCUGGCGGGAAAUGUGGCCACUGCAGGUGCUGCCCCUGCUGCAGAAAGUGCUGCUGUGUCAUCUCCUAAGGGUCCUGCUGCACCCACGGGACGUGCUGAC